GCAGUGACGUAGUAUACGCGACAACAUUGCUAGCUAGAACAGAGUACCGGUAGAAGCUACCGUUUGUGUUUGUUGUCCUCGUUGAAUACUCCUCGUUUGUAAAAAGGUACGGUUUUUACAAGUUGGCGACACCACAAUUCGUGUGUCGCCAUUGUUGUUUUUUGUCGCUCGGUGAACGGAGCAGUUUUAACGCGUGUUAACACAGUUGCUUAGAGUAGCGAUAGCUAGCGUGCUAGGCUAACAGGCGCUGUUUGAGUGGAUGUAUCUGAGAGUUUACAGCUUUAAUACUCGGAGAAGAUGGUCAGUCAGAUGUUGAAACUAAAGUUAUGACUUACUUGUCUUAUUCCAGGUGUCAUCAUGCCGAAACAGACGUCGGGGAAGACUCUGUUGAGGAAUGUAAUCCGACAAACUGAUGCUCACAACAAGGUGAGUCUGAGUGAGAGCACCGGAAACACUUAAAACCCAGAUACCCUUACAUUAGAGCCAUUUCUCAGAGGUUUUCGUCCUUAUUAUUGAUGUAUUGAUGUGGUGGCAUCGUGCUUUGCUGCAGAUCUGUUACCUGUACAUCACUGAUGUGUAUCUUUCACUAUUGGAUGAGAUCUGGGUAUUUGAGAUUAGUUGAUGUUUAGAUUAUGCUCAAUUGUAUCACACACUUCCACAUCACCAGAGCCAGAGUCUGACAGAAAGAAGGAUGGAUCCAUACUCUCAUAGUGUUUAUGCUGAAUUCUGACCUUCCUAUCCUCAUGUCACAGCUGAAAUUGAGGCUCAUCCGACCAGGUAAUGGUUUUCCAAUCUUUGAUUGUCCAAUUUUGGUGAAAUUGUAGCCUCACUUUCCUGUUCUUCGCUGACAGGAGCCUGGCUGUAGCCUGUCUCCCUCAGGCUUCGACAUACUGCACAUUUAGAGAUGUUCCUCUGUGCACCCCAGUUCUAAGGGGUGGUUAUUUGAGUUUCUGUUGCUUUUUCUAUCAGCUCAAACCUGUCUGGCGAUUCCCUUUUGACCUCUGCAAUCACAAACCAUUUCCAGCCAGAGAACUGCACCUCACUGGAUAUUUUCUCUGUCUCUGACCAGUCUUUAUAGGCCUAGAGAUUGUUGCAUGUGAAAAUCCUUCUAGAUAAGCAGUUUCUGAAAACUUACAGACCUAACAACCAUGCUACACCCAAUGUCUUGUUUUAUCUUCAUUUAUUUAUCCUAGUUAGCCGAGGUUUAUUUUAGGUCUGUGUUUUUUACCUGUUUUUAUCCUUUUAUUAUUUUUAGGACCUCCGCACCGGGAGCAGUGGUCGCUUGUGGUUGCAGGGCCCAGCCUCGGGGUUCCUGGUGGAGGUUGCUGUCAUCCGCAUCCCUCCGCUGGCCCCGUGUCAGUGUCCUGUGGCUGCAGGCGGCUCUCUGCUCCUGGUGCUGACGGCUCCUCUGAUUGCGCUUUCUCAACUGGUUCAUCUGCACUCAGCCUCAUGCCCAUUCUCUUAAAGUGUGUAUGUGGGGGUGUGGGGUCAGGGGGCAUUUGGGAUAGUUUUUUGUUUUUAACUUGACUGUAAAGCACUUUGAGUCACAUUCCUGUAGGAAAAGUGCUUUAUAAGUAAAGUUUGAUUGAUUGAUUGAUUGAUUGAUUAACUGAAUGUCAUUUCAGUCACCUUUCUUCCCUGUUCUCAUGCUUGGUUUUAACUUAUCAUCUUGACCAUGUCUAGCUUCCUAAAUGCAUUCAGUUGCUGCUGUACUGUUGGCUGAUUAGAAACUUAAUUUUAACAAGCUGUUGAAUAGGAGUACCUAAAAAAGUGGCUAAAGAGUGAUGCCUCUGUUUUGUAAGAAAGGAAGAAACAUAAAUAAUUUGGUUGAUUUAUGAACUCCAACUGCUUAGAAAUGAAUCGAUCAAACUGUAUGGAGUGAGAGUGUUAGUGUGUAUGCAGCAGCACUUUUUAAUGUACUUACUUUUGUUGACCCACUUUAGAUCCAGGAGGAGAUAGAGAUGUGGAAAAUGCGAGGCAUGGAGAUCCAGAUGUCCCAUCACAAACAUUUGUCAGAUACAGAGCGAGCGAGGUAAGAGCUGUUAAUGUUAGGUCCCCGUUUAAUUUAAGCCCUUUGAACAGGAGUGACACUGAAGCCCAUCUGGGAGUGUGUUUCAUUAUUUAGCCCUCAGUUUAGAGGGCUGCUACAGUGCAAUAUCUUGCUGCCUGGUGUGUGGCCAUGGUUGAUGGAUGGUUUUCGUUUCAGGGGAAGAAUGCACUGUGAUCGGGACCAACGUAGAGACAUUGGUGGAAGUGGGGAGGGAGCGUCUGAACAUGACGACAGAGAUGCUCGAUACUGGACACGGAAACUGUAUGAAUUUGAGGCCAAAGAUCCUGAAAGGUUAAGUUCAUAAUUAGUCUGAGAAGUGAAAUCAUCAAAGUAUUGUUCUCCCUUAAUUUAAAUGAAUAAUGGGAAGUGAAUAAAUAAACAAAUAUCUAAUUUAUUUAAGGGGUAGCGCAAUUGAUCGACAGUCUAGUCAGUUUUACAGAGUCAGACAUCUUCUUUAUUCACAUCACAGGUGGGGACACAGUGGAUUCAAAGAGCUUUAUCCAGAGGAGUUUGACAGUGAUUGGUAAGUAAAAUAUCAGCACUGCAACAAGCAAGAGUUUCAUUAUCUUAGGGAUAAUGGAGGUAAAACAUGAGAAAAAUACUGUUAAGGUCCUUGCAGGGAAGGGUAAGAUAUUAUGGGGGUUGACCAGGUCCUGCUCCCAAAAUAAGGCGUUCAUAUCAAUCAUAUUGUAACUUUGUAAACCCAGUUUGGCACUAACAUGACAACUAAACAACCAUUUUUAGCACUUUCAUCCUCCAAAAACCAACCCUGUUAUCAAUUACAUUCAAAAGAUGAGAGCACUUUCAAGUUAACAUAAGGAUUUCAGGCAUCUCUAGCCCUGGCAUGACAUGAAUGUCCUACAAUGUUUUACUUUAAGUAUGCUAAAUAAAUUCUGCAAAUCAAGACUGAGAAAACCCUAAAAACUCAAUUAAGGGUUAUUUUAUUUCAGCUCGUUUAUUUUUUUAGCCCAUCCUAAACCUCCACUGUUUGUCCUACCCCCUACAGCUGAUGACUCGAUAGUUAUGUGUGAAGUACAGUUGUUGUUUUCCUCUUCAGGAUGAUUAUGUCGUCCAUGAAACCUUACAAAGAUCUGCCUGUCUUAAUUUAUUUUUCUUAAAUUUUCUGUAUUCAGUGAGAAAAACAAUGCCAAGAAGAAAGUGGGGCGCCACAAAAUGAAAAGGUCCAAAGCUGACACAAGCCUAUCGAAACGUUCAAAGAAAUCCUCCCGCAAGAAAAAAAAGAAAAAGAAGACAGAAGACGAGGGUAAACGUAAAAAAGCAGAGAGCUCCAGCAGCAGUGAUGACAGCAGUGACGAAAAAGACAAGCUGCGAAGAAAAAAGAAUAAAAGUCGAAAUAAGGACAAGAAAACUGCCAAAAAACGAGGGAGAGACGAAGACAGUAGCUCUGGGGAAGGUAAUGACAAAGAAGAAAGCGAGAGACGGACUCACAGCCGCAAAAAGCGAAAGCAGAGCUCCCACAAAGACUCAGACUCAGGCCCAUACUCAAAAAAGAAGAGGAAAAACUGGAAAGCUGCAGGUGAGAAGAGCUCGACCGAUAGUUCUGCAGACUGAGACUCACAGACGUGGACAAACACACAGCUCAGGGAAAGACCAGGAAAAGUACAGCAAAUUCUUUUGUUCCCCUUCCCAUCACAGAGGACUUCUCCCUGCAGGGCCGCUCUGUUUCGUACUCUUAGACAUCAACAAACCUGUGCUGUCGGCUCUUUCUGUGGGCGUCGUGUGCAGUGAUAGCUCAUCCACCUCUGCAGUGGCUUGAAGCGCAGCAGUACAGACAGCUUCAAGAGGGAUGGUGGGGUAUCCAGCACCCGGCUCAGGAAGAAUCCUGCCGGCUGCAGGCUCAUUGAUUGAUCAUUGACUCUUGCCUCAGACUGUCUGCAUCACGAGGAGACCCCCUGUGUCCUCAAUGGACGGCUUGAAUUUUAUAUUUUCCUGGGAGAGACAUAUUUGGCAACUUGAGCAAAAAACACAUGUCCUUCUGUUUUUAUUAUAUUUUUUAGUUUUGUAAAUUUUGAUACUUGAAUCCAGCAGAUUUUGAUGAAAAUAAACAUCCAUGUUUCUGUUUUUAAAGAUAUUCUUGUGAUUGUAUGGGAAAAUCUAAAUCUAAAAAGUCUGUUUCUGUUUGUGAAAGCGUGUUUCAGCCUCAGGUUUUUUCACUCAGCUAAUUAGACUUUAUUAUUAUGAAUAUAUGUAGGGUUUACAUUUGUGGUUAGAUUUAAAAUUCCAUGCAGAUAUCGUGGUUUAAUUGGGGCACAAGUGGAAGCAAAAUGCAACGAUUUAUUGACUUAAAAAUCCAGGUUUUGCAUUCAUUCUAAAAAUCAAGGUAACUUUAAUAAUAAAAAUAACAUAAUUUAGUACACUUUCCUAUUAAUCAGUAGUAGAGCUGGUCGUCUCCUUUUCAACCUGUAAGCGCCUCUACAUGUUUAAGUAUCCUUGGGUAAGACGCUAAACUCUGAAUCAUAUCUGAUUGCGAUGCUAGUGGCGUCUGAAUGGAGUCCAUGAGUUCUGAUUGUGACUUCGCACCGCAGCCUCUACCAUCAGUCUGCAAAUGUGAUAUCGUGUAAAGCGCUUUGAGGAGUCUCUAGACCAGAAACAGACUAUCACACUUUACCAUGAUCAGCAUAGUUCGUUCCUCGUUUGUAUCAUCGACCGCAGUGGUUUAAAAUGAUUCAUUCACAUCGAUGAGCUGCUCUGUUGGAUUGUGUGACAUGCUAAAACAAAAAAAAAAUAGAGUAUCAGCUGUCAAAUCUUUUCACAGAGACAUCAAUCUACCUGACAUCUUAAAACCAUCCGUGUGAAAUGAGAUCCACAGUAUCCUAUUGUCUGUAGCCUUUAGGUAACACUCCAAUGAAAUACAGCGAUGCAAUGAGCUGGCUGAGUAAAUCUGGAUGAGUGAGUAAAUAAUUCAUGUUAUAAUACUUGGAAAUAACCUCCGGCAAAAGAGAGAUUACAUUUGUGAUUCAAGGACUUGUGAUUUAUUCUUUUUUUAAUUGUAAGGCUGUUUGUAAGUAAAUAUAGAACAAAGGCCA